UUCUUUUUGGUGGGAAUAAAUAAAAGACGAGGGAAAAUCGAGUUAGGCCAGGCCCGAAUUAUUGAGCCCAAGAGCUGACAUUGGGUUGGGUAACUGCCAAAUAUCCACUUGGGCCUGCUUAACUUCUUGACGACCAGGCCCAGUCAAUUACGCUCACGGCUUCUUCUUCUCCAUCGUCUCCUCCUGAAUUCGUCGGGUACGAUUCAGUUUGGCUCCAAAAAUCGCCUGCAAGCCGGGUUUCGGCUUCCUUGCGUUCGCUUCAUUUUUGCUUCAAGCAGACGAAAUCGCCAUAUGGUAUGCGAAAUUUCGCCAUUUCUUUGCUAGUUGGCUGCGGUUAGUAGAAAGCAGAGAAGGGGGAUGAAGAGAGAUGUUUGGGUGAAUUUGGAGAACUUACUACUGAAUGAGUGCGUGAGAUCUUUCUGCAAGGCUGGGAAUUUGAAGCGAGCGGAGACGGUGAUUAUCGAUGGGAUUAGGCUCGGAGUUCUCCCGGAUGUGGUAACUUUCAAUACCUUAAUCAAUGGCUACGGUCGUCUAGUUAGCAUCGAGGCUGCCUAUGCUGUUCUGGGUAGAAUGGCAGAAGCCGGGAUGGAACCCGACGUGGUAUCUUACAAUUCUUUGAUUGCGUGUGCUGCGAGGCGGCACUUGUUCAACAAUGCAUUCCAACUGUUCGACGAGAUGCUCGAGAGAAGCGUAACCCCGGAUGUUUGGAGCUUCAACACUUUGAUGCACUGUUUCUUUGAGCUGAGGCAGCCGGUUGAAGCUUAUCAGAUGCUGGACAAUAUCAAGUCACUAGGUAUGACACCCGUUCCUGCUACUUAUAACAUUUUGAUCAAUGGUCUCUGCAAGAAUGGGUAUGCUAGUAAGGCACUUGGUUUGUUCCGGUACUUGAAGGAACAUGGGUUUCAUCCCGAUUUGGUUACUUAUAAUGUUCUCAUUGAUGGGUUGUGUAAAGCUGGGAAAUUGGGCGCUGCUAGAAGGGCCCUCCGGGAAUGCGAGGCUUCUGGACAAGUUGCCAAUGCUGUAACUUAUACUACGAUGAUGAAAUGCUGGUUUAAGUCUAAAAAAUUUAAUCAAGGAUUUAGGGUGUUGGAAGAGAUGAAGAGUAAAGGGUACACUUACGAUGGGUUUGGUUAUUGUACAGCACUUGGAGCUCUGCUCAAGCUUGGUAGAAUCGAGCAAGCAGCUUCAUUCAGAGAAGAGAUGAUAACAAAUGGUAUUGAGCUUGAUUUAGUGUCAUACAAUACACUAAUGAAUCUCUCGUGUAAAGAAGGUAAGUUGGAUGAAGCUGAUAAUUGGAUUGAUGAAAUGGGGAAAAAAGGUUUGGAAUUUGAUAAGUACACAAAUACCAUAAUUGUGGAUGGAUUGCGAAAGGCUGGCAAUAUUGAGGCGGCUCGACAACACUUGAUGACUAUGAGUAUCAGCGGUCUUGAUUCCACCUCUGCUGCCACAAACUCUGUUAUUGACGGGUUAGGUAAAGCUGGCAAGUUUGAUCUUGCCUGGAGAAUGACUGAGUCGAUGGAGGGGAGAGAUUCAUUUACGUACUCGUCAUUGGUUUACAACCUUUCCAAGGCUGGAAGGUUGGGCUGUGCAAAAGAGCUAUUGCUCUCUUGUGCAAGAGAAGGGAUUAGAAUACUCCCGGCAGCUAAACAAGCUGUUCUCCAGGAAGCUUAGGAAGGCAAUUCGUUAUUUUCAGAUGAUUAAAUAAUGAUUUCUUUCUGAUAUUUCGGAAGCCUCAUGACGCCUAAGUUCUUGUUAGGUGCAUUGGUAACCUUCACAGCCUAAAGACUCCUCCUGUGCUUUCUAGCAGCUCGUGCAUGUUAAUUCUAAGAGAUGGUAUGAUUUAUCACUGAUAUUAAGAGAAACAUCACUGAUUGUUUCUCGUGAUUCAUGUAUCUUGAUAGGCAAUCCAUUGUGGUUAUCUUAUGAAAUUUCACUGAUUUCAUGAGAUAAUAUGUUGUUGAACUUCUUGUGUCUAUUUCUUAUGAUAGCCAGUCUUUAGUAGGUUGUAUUAGAGAGGACUGGAGAUGAUACUAGUGUGGGUGGAGGAUUUUGCUUACUAUUACAAGUUUUAAAAUCUAUUUCGGUCCAGUUUUCUUUUUCAACUUCUUGAAAGCUUUAUUGGCUUAUUUGCAGAAUGAAGCUGAACUGAAACCAUUGUUUCUAUGGAGACCAUUACAUCAGCGGGUGAUGCUGGCUGGAUUAGCACAUGCUUUAUGUUUUUGCUUGUUUUGUGCCUAUCUCUUUAGGUAUGGUCUAUUUAUAUCAGUAAAGUCCCUUGAAUUUUUCUCCAUACUACCUUGGAGUAACAGAUUUUAAUCAGUCAAUUCCCUUCUGAACCUUAUACAAUUUGCAGGAGUUAGUUGAGUUCCUCCUGGAGGAAAUUAUUUGUGUCUGGAAGUCAGAUGCCAUCAUCGUACAAAUCUGGCAAGGACCCUGCUUAACAUCCUGAUUCAUAAGAUACCUGCUGCAGUGACCAGGUGAUACUCCACAUCCAUGCCUGAUUGUUUAGACUGAAUUUGCGAAAAUUCAAUUUUUCGGUUGCCUUUCUUUCUUAUGGCAGGUAUCUGAGUCUGAUUCCAAUUCGCUAUUGCGAAUCUGGGUCCUGCACAAAUGUAGCAAUAUGACUCGAACUUCUUAAACCGAAAUAUUCCAAUUCGAGACAACCAUCAUCACUCGGGAUUGGGUACUUGCUCUGAACUUUACCGUACUUAAGAAAUCUUACUUGAGCAAAGCUAGUCUGAUGGUAUUUCUAGUUUCUCUCUUUCACAGGCACCUGGUUUCUCUGUCAUGGCUACACUUGCUAGGAUGGAAGAAAGCCAAGAAGGCUGGAAAAAUGGCUAGUAAAAUGGGUUUAUCCCUGACCAAAGUGAAUAGUGAAAAGUAGCUGCUGGUGAAGUACGGUUACAGAUUACUACAAGAGCAUACAGACGCGGUGACAUUGGAUCUCUUGAGCUUCAUGAUCUUUGUUAUGGACUAUCCCUUCCAUGACUACGAGCUGAGGCACAGGUUGCCGAGCGGUUGGAAGUUGAUUCGGUCCGUUCUUCGUGCAGUUGAUUGAAAAUGUUGAGAGGCUUUUUGACAUGCGUCUGAUUGCUUAGUUGGGUUGCCAACUGCUGUGGGGAUGAAUGAAGUAGUGGAGACUGGAGUUUACUUGGAAGUUAGCUCAAGCUGCCAAUUGGAAGCUGUGGUUCAAGCUUAAACAAGAACUUGACAUCAACUUGAUUCAUUUGUUGUAUGAUGUGAAACUAAAUGUAAAUAUCUUCUGAUCAUUCUUCCAAUUUUGUAUCUUUGUGAUAAUUGGGGUGAAUUUUGCUGUUAUAUAGACGCCGAAGUAAACCAUUGGGUUGUAUAAUAGUCAGUUCAACCAUUUGGUGAUCAUUCUUCAACAUUGGUUGAUUUUGGUGUCCAUCAUAUGGUUAUCUUUCUUAAUUGCAUUGCAUUACACAUCUAAUCCAUAUAAAUCUUGUAUCAUAGAAGAGAUUGAACUCAAAAUCUUAAGCGUAAAUUGACUAAAAUAAUUUAUAUUUAUUAUCAUUUUACUAACCGAGAAAUGAACAAAUACACUGACAUUUGUUAUAAAACCCUGAAGUUGUG